GUAAAACAAUAAAUCGAAGCUACCCCUUUAAGAUUGAAUCUCUGAUAAGAGCAGAGAUCACCAAUAGCGCGGUCAUAGAAGGCCUGACAAUAAACACCUACCUUAUUAUUAUUACUAUUAAUAUCAACCAUUCCGUCUACGUAGAUUGGUGGUUCGAAAGCACUUAAUAUUGUUUACCAAAGAAAUGGUGAUGGAGAAGCCAAGUCCCCUGCUAGUAGGGCGGGAGUUUGUGAGGCAGUAUUACACACUGUUGAACAAGGCGCCAGACUUCCUCCACAGGUUCUACGGGAGGAGUUCUUCCUAUGUUCACGGCGGCCUCGACGCCAGCGGAAAGCUGGCGGAAGCAGUGUACGGGCAAGCGGAAAUCCACAAGAAGGUCAUGUCCCUGCAGUUCAGCGAGUGCCACACGAAGAUCCGGCACGUGGACGCCCACGCUACGCUCAGCGACGGCGUGGUGGUGCAGGUCCUCGGAGAGCUGUCCAACAACGGCCAGCCCAUGAGGAAGUUCAUGCAGACGUUUGUGCUCGCUCCAGAGGGUUCGGUGGCCAACAAGUUCUACGUACACAAUGACAUCUUCCGCUACGAGGACGAGGUUUUUUGUGACUCAGAAGCGGAACUCGAUGAAGAAUCAGAAGAGGAAGUUGAGGAGGAGCCAGAAGAGAGGCCGGCAUCCCCCGAGCCUCUUCAGGAGAGUCCAAACAGCGCCACCUACUACGAGCCUCACCCCGUCGCUAACGGAGUGGAGGAGCCCAUGGAGGAACCUGUCCCGGAACCAGAAAUGGAACCCGAGCCUGAGCCCAAAGUGGAGGAAAUAAAGUCUGAAGUCGAGGAGAAAGCUCUGGAAGAAAUGGAGGAAAAAGCCCCCUCGCCGGUCCUAGUGGAGUCGCCACCUAAUGCCCAGGAGCCGCCUAAGACCUUCUCUUGGGCCACAGUGACCAGUAAACACCUUCCUCCUUCGGGCACCACCUCUGGUAUCUCACCCCAUGUUGUUAAAGCGCCAAGCUCCCAGCCUCGAACUGAAGCCAAGCCAGAGACGCAAGCAGCGCCGCUAAGACCCCGAGACCAGCGUCCCAGAGACAGACCGACCUUCUCCCCACGUCCACCCCGAUCAGAUGGCAUGCCAUCCUCUGAGGCACAAACAGGGAAACCACAUUUAAGUUUCGUCAACAAAGGCGGUCGGGGUGAUGCUGAUUCGGGUGAAAUGGACACAAGGCGAUCUGUACGCUACCCGGACAGCCACCAGCUCUUUGUAGGCAACCUCCCGCAUGACAUUGACGAGCUGGAGCUCCGAGACUUCUUCAUGACUUAUGGAAAUGUCGUCGAGUUGCGGAUCAACACCAAGGCCGUCGGCGGGAAGCUUCCUAACUUUGGAUUUGUGGUCUUUGACGACUCUGACCCCGUGCACAAGAUCCUGGGGGCCAAGGUAGAAGGGCCCAUCAUGUUCCGUGGAGAAGUGCGUCUGAACGUGGAGGAGAAGAAGACGAGGGCGGCGCGCGAGCGUGAGAACCGCGGAGACGAUCGGCGGGACAUGAGGCGCAACGACCGAGGCCUGGGAGGAGGCCCGCGAGGCAUCGUGGGAAGCGGCAUGAUGCGAGAGCGCGACGGGAGGGGACCGCCCCCUCGAGGCGGCAUGGCGCCCAAGCCGGGCAUGGGCUCCGGAAGGGGCUCCGGCGGACCGGGCGAAGGUCGCUACGCCGCCACGCGCCGCUGAAAACGCGGCGCCACCUGCAACGUGGAAGUAGUAACGUGUUCUUCAUCUUCAACCGUUCUACAUGUAUAAACGUAUAUUUGGGUUUUUUGGUUCAGUUUCUGGUUCUUUUUUUUAACUUUUUUCCUUUUUUUUGUUUGUUUGUUGCUUUCGGAAUGUGACACAGCCUGUCGAGCGUUUGAAGUAGACGAACAACUACACAAAAAUGUCGCUUAUUAGUUGUGAGCCGAGGAUCCCUUUUUUUGGUAUCUCAAGAAAUCACAAACUUUAAUUUGUAAAUUUAGUGGACACCCAACCAGGAGUAAUCGACUACCUUUGUAGGAGGGACUGAGAGACUACCACUAAACAGCCCAGUAUUUGGAAAAGAGAUUAUAUAUAGAGAGAAAUAUGCCUUGACUUAAGUGGUAAAUCCUUCUAUUGCACAUUUUCUACCUGCCCGUUACUGUUGAGAAACAGCAAGAUGCAAACGUUCCAAAGGGGAGAGGCCUGUCUUUUUUAUUUUUUUUUAUUUUUUGUUUUGUUUUUUUCCUCGCCCUUUCCCCCGAGAGACCAUUGCUUCAAAUGUAUUGCAUAAUGCACUCACCAAUAUGCACUCAUGGGUACUUUUUUUUUUUUUUGUGGUGUUUCAUUGACAAGCUGGAGACGUAACGGGGCAGGCCUCGCUCACAGCCGCAAACUUCUGCUGUUGUACUUUUUUCAACUCAAACUUCAAUUAUUGGCGCUGGAUGGACAAGAGGACUCCACCUUGAUAAACAUAACAAUCCUGGAUUUAUUUUUUCUCUCUCCACCAAACAAAUGACAGUGUGUGUGUGUGUGUGUGUGUGUGUGUGUGCUGCGAGGAUAAAGGUGACAACGAUGGCGGCUCGGUCUGGGUUCUUUCGGUUCCCCUCUCCCGUCUGUCUUCACAAUGUGAACGUGACGGAAUAAAUGUACAGCAAAGUUUACUUUAUUGCUUUUCCUUUUCACUCGGUUGAAAUGAAAAAAAAAAAAGGUGCCUUCUACGUUCACUUUCUCUUUCCUAUAGCGACUUCAUUUUUGGAUAAUACAAAAGUUGCAGUAUUUACAAGGAUUCUACUUUUCUGCUGAGGUUUUUUCCCCCCGUUACCGCCUAACAUGUGACUUUGUUGUGUUUGCUCCUAUCUGGCCCGAAAAGGUACAUUUAAAGCUGUGACAGCGCCACAAUUUAAAACCAAACCAUCUUUUUAAUGUUCUUUUUGUCCUCCAAAUACAAUUUUGUAACGCGUGUGUGUGAGAUUGGGCUGGCUUGUGUUUGCAGCCGACUUGACUCGGCAAAUACUUUUAUCAACUUUCUAGCUGUUGUAUUUUUCAUACUGCUGGUUAUUCAUUGUGCAUAAAAUAUAAUUGUUUUUGUUGCUUUUUGGCUGGGAAGGACAGUGAGAUGUUUUUUUUUGUUUUGUUUGAAUCUUGCACUGAAAAGGGGAAAGUGAUGUAGCAACUUUAUUUUCCUGGAUAAAUGCGCUAAUGAGGUCUUCCUUAUCUGGUGGUAUAUUGCACUAUUUUCCAAACAUUUCUGGGACAAUCUCUUUUUUGCCGCUCGGAACACAGUCUCCUCCCAAAUUAACUGUAAUAAUCUGCAUAUUUUUCCACACGUGAGCUAGUUUUGAUAAAUGCUUUUCCUUUUUAUGAGCUUAUAUGUGACAGCUCAGUUUUGUCAGGUGUUUUUUUUUUUUUUUUAAUCUUCACAAAAACAAUCUGUAAAUUUGUUAUUUUAUUCCUCCCUGAUUGAGAUCGCAGUCGGCUGGUGAAUGAUUCCAGUCCCCUUUUUUUUUUUUUUUUUUAAACGGAAAUAAGAAGUUUACUGUGUUGGCUGCCAUCGUUUAAUUGUUGCUAUAGUAUACAACAGUUUGCAGGUGUAUGAUUUUUCUUUUGUUUUUCCAUUUUGAAUGUCAGACCUAAUAAACUACUGAUAUCACA